GAGGCCCGGCAGCAGGACGGCGGGCGGCACUAGAGGGAGCUGCUCCGCGCCCGGCCCGCGCGCCCUCGGCUCGGAGCGCCGCCUCCUAGCCGCGCCGCCGCGAUGGCGGAGGACAGCGAGUCUGCGGCCAGCCAGCAGAGCCUGGAGCUGGACGACCAGGACACGUGCGGGAUAGACGGGGACAAUGAGGAGGAGACGGAACACGCCAAGGGAAGUCCUGGAGGGGAUUUGGGAGCCAAAAAGAAAAAGAAGAAACAGAAGAGAAAAAAGGAGAAGCCAAAUUCUGGAGGUACAAAGUCUGACUCUGCAUCUGAUUCCCAGGAGAUUAAAAUUCAUCAGCCUUCAAAGAAUGCCACCAUCCCCAUGCAGAAGCUGCAGGAUAUCCAGAGAGCAGUGGAGCUGCUAUCAGCGUGCCAGGGCCCGGCCAGGAACAUUGAUGAGGCAGCCAAACGCAGAUACCAGUUCUGGGAUACACAGCCGGUACCCAAACUAAAUGAAGUCAUAACUUCUCAUGGUGCAAUUGAGCCAGACAAAGACAAUGUACGUCAAGAACCAUAUUCUUUGCCACAGGGUUUUAUGUGGGACACUUUAGACUUGAGUAAUGCAGAGGUGCUCAAGGAGUUAUACAUGUUGUUAAAUGAGAAUUAUGUAGAAGAUGAUGACAAUAUGUUCCGCUUCGACUAUUCACCAGAGUUCCUAUUGUGGGCUCUGCGUCCCCCAGGCUGGCUCCUGCAGUGGCAUUGUGGGGUCAGAGUGUCUUCAAAUAAAAAACUAGUAGGAUUCAUAAGUGCCAUCCCUGCCAACAUACGGAUUUAUGACAGUGUGAAGAAGAUGGUUGAAAUCAACUUUCUUUGUGUUCAUAAGAAAUUGAGAUCCAAACGGGUAGCCCCAGUUUUAAUUAGAGAAAUAACCAGAAGAGUGAACCUGGAAGGAAUCUUCCAGGCCGUGUACACUGCUGGAGUGGUCCUUCCUAAACCUGUGGCCACAUGCAGAUACUGGCAUCGAUCCCUAAACCCCAGAAAAUUGGUAGAAGUGAAGUUUUCUCACUUGAGUAGAAAUAUGACAUUACAGAGAACAAUGAAGCUUUACAGACUGCCGGAUGUUACAAAGACCUUAGGCUUGAGACCAAUGGAACCAAAAGAUAUCAAAGCAGUCCGAGAAUUAAUCAACAGUUACUUGAAGCAGUUCCAUCUAGCUCCAGUAAUGGAUGAAGAGGAAGUGGCUCACUGGUUCCUUCCCCGGGAGCAUAUUAUUGACACGUUUGUAGUGGAGAGCUCUAGUGGGAAGCUGACUGACUUCCUGAGCUUCUACACGCUCCCCUCCACGGUCAUGCAUCAUCCCGCCCAUAAGAGCCUCAAAGCUGCCUACUCCUUCUACAACAUCCACACAGAGACGCCACUUCUAGACCUCAUGAACGACGCCCUCAUCAUAGCCAAGCUGAAAGGAUUUGAUGUAUUCAAUGCACUAGAUCUGAUGGAAAAUAAGACCUUCUUGGAGAAACUCAAGUUUGGUAUAGGAGAUGGCAAUUUGCAGUAUUACCUAUACAAUUGGAGAUGUCCAGGAACAGAUUCUGAAAAGGUUGGACUUGUACUCCAGUAGAUGGAUCUGUUGAUUUCUAGAGCUCUACAGUCUCAUUUGUUAAUACUCUUAUUUAACAACUCCCGGAACUGUCAUUCCAAAGAAGAGUAAAAAGCACAAGUGAAAUCAAAGUAGUUGGUAACAAUCAGAAAAUAUGAAAAACACCCAUAUGACCAGUAGUACACAUUUCUAGCUAGAAUGUUAAAAUCUAACCUGUUUUUGCUAUUUACCCACUAGUCAGAAGAAUGAAAGGGUACAAAGAGCACAUUCCUCUAGUUUUCAAACUUUCAGCUCUUUUGGCAAAGAAAGGGUAUUUUUCCCCUCUCUAGAAAUGGGACUGUUUUUCUUUGGACUAAACAGAAGUCACAGCAUUGUGUAACAAAAUCUUUGCUGCUUUGUGAAGAUAAACUGCUGCAUUUGUAUUUAUUAAAUGGUGGUAUAUUUGUCUGUGUAACAGAACGAAGGACCCACCUGCAGAAUUCUGACAUACAUCGCUAUAUGCGGUGUCACAGGGGACAUGUGUGAAAUGACAAGCAGAGGAUAUCUAAGAUGGAGCAGUAUAAAAGUGGACAGGGCAUUUAUUCCUUUCUAAGCAAAGUUGCCAAACCAAUAAAUAUACAGAUUUGUACUUUGAUCUUCAGCAAGUCAUGAAUCAUUUCAAAAGCAGUUUUGGGCAAAUACUUGCAUAUGUGCUCUCAAAAGGGCCUAAGGCCCAGGACCAGCCAGACUUUCCCUCUGCUGCACCACCUUGUCUCGUCAGCAACACCAGGAGAGGGCAAGAAGCAAGCAAAAUACCUAAGAUUCAACUAAUGCCUAGGAAAUUUAUUGGUGCUCUCAGCACCUUGAUAAUUUGAAUGUUUAUUACUUAGGCAGAAUUGCACAUAUUCCUUUAUGCUUUUAUCAUGAAAAUGUCUUAUUUGUAAAUAAGUGUUCACAAUUUUAUUACUGACGGUGUUUUUACCUACAAUUUGAAAGUUUCUCAAUGUACAUAUAUGUAUAGAUACUACCAGUAACACAAGAGAAAAAUAAUAUAAACAAGGCUGUAAGACUGGCCUUAAAUACCACAAAAUAGAUACUGACCAGUGCCUGUUUAGUUCAGAGCAAGUUACUUGUUAUACAACAUGAUGGCAUUCCCUUCGUGUGUGGUAAGUAGCCCACUGAAACCAGUCCUAUCAGGGUGGAGCCACCAAAGUAUUUCCACAAGCUAAUUCUGGCCCAUUGCCUGUCUUUAUACACCCUACAAGCUAAGAAUUGUGUGUGUGUGUGUGUGUGUGUG